AUGAGCGGCUUCACCAUUGAGGCCUUCACUCUGCUGGGCGUCGGCUUGAGCAUCCUCGCCCUUCGAGUAUACGCACGGAUUAACGCUGUGGGGAUUCGCGGCCUCGAAUGGGACGACCACUUUAUGGUUCUCGCAGCGAUCCUAUAUACGGCGGAAACGACGCUAGCAUACUCGGUUGGGGCCUACUGGUAUGGCUUGGCCAACAAUGCCAUGACGGACGCGCAGAGGGAAGCGUUGGAUCCGAGCAGCCACGAAUACAUGUUGCGAGUCAACGGGUCCAAGACGCAGGUUGCGGGAUGGGCUGUCUACAUCACCCUGCUCUGGACGCUCAAGGCAGCCAUGUGCACAUUCUACCUGCGACUGACGGAAGGUUUGGAGUACCGAUCACGAAUCUAUGCUGGGUUCGUCCUGAUAUUUUUGACUUGGAUUAUUGUUCUCCUUUCCGUAUUGUUGGGCUGCCGACCGCUCCACAACUACUGGCAGAUCAACCCGGACCCAGGGAACAGCUGCCAACCAGCAAUCUCCAAGAUCAAUCUGUUUGUCACGGUCGUUCUUAAUGGAGCGACCGACGCCUAUCUGUUGUCAAUCCCGAUGCCUAUGCUUUGGUCGGUGCGGCUUCCAGUGCCUAAGAAGCUUGGCUUGGUAGCGCUCUUCUCCGGCGGCAUCUUCGUCAUUACUGCGGGGACAUUACGAUGCGUCUUGAUUUUGACAAAUCCGGUGAAAGGUGCCGAACAGGCGGGCUAUUGGGCAGUGCGGGAGACGUUUGUGGCAGUAGUGACGACGAAUCUGCCCGUCGUAUUCCCAUUCAUUCGAAGGAAGUUGAUUCCCAUCCUCGGAUCCCUUUCCUCGACAGCACGAUCGGGCGAUGCGACGACGAAGCGAGGAGUGAAUCCGAUGCCAGGAUCGAUACGGCUGGGCGAUAUACCAACGGGAAACGCAAGCGCGGGUAGCCAUGGGGGGUUCGGGAAAAGGGGAGCAUCAAUCUCGCAGUAUCCAAUAGGCUCAGAUAACGACAGCGACGAGUCUCUUCAUAUAGGGUGCAUCGAUUCUAUCACGAGUGCAUGCGAUAAACUACCAAUGGCAUCCAUUCCUGCGCAUUUAGAAUACGACGUAGUAGGGGGGUAG